ACUUCUAACGUAAUAGAACCACAAAAAGAAACCGAUUCAAAAUUAACAUAUUGGUGAAAUCAUGGAAGCCUCUACGGUUCCCAAAAAGGUCAACCGUAAUGUUCUCAAGGCUCUCAGCAUCCUGCAAUCGUCUCGAACCGAUUUUGUGCGCUUAAAUGCUAUCACUCGUCAGGUACAGAUCCAAAUGCGCAACUGCGUUCCGGUCGCCAAUAUAGAAGACGUGGUAAGGGAGUCUCUGUGCACCUUGACCAAGCUGGGCAUUCUAAUGCGGCUUGGAAUGUCAAAGUAUGCACUUUCCUAUCCAGUUUUUUGCCGCUUGGGAAGGGCUCUGCCCAAUCCGAACACAAAUGUGCCGGGUAAUCCCGGUAAACCAUUACGCAAGGCAGUGCAGGAGGCUCGUCGCAAGAAGAGUCUCGGACACUUGGACCCAUGGAAGCCAGCCACCAAGUUAUUAAGUGAGGAAUCCCUUUCUGGGAAUGAAAUGGACAAGAUGCGUAAAAGAAUGCGCACUAACACCAAGCGCAUUCAAAAGAAGAAGAGAAAUGUUGCCCAGCCACAACCAGGUCCCAAACAGGACGACCCGGCGGGGAUUGAAAAUGAGAUCAUGGACCCAAAACCACUUUUCGGCCCUUCAGGAUCAACUACUCCAGAUAUCCCAGUUCCAAGUGGUACGACCAGUGAUCCCCACAAACUUUCCGGCGCUAAUGAGUGGGACACCCAAAAACCAUUUUUCGGUUCACCACAAAGGAAGUAUUCAAAACUCAACGCUCAAAUCCCAGAUACGUCAUUGCAAUCUGGAAAUUUAAGUUCGCGGUUUUCUCGGGACAUGUCGCCUGGCGUUUGUCCUCAUGGUUUUUUGUUAAUUCCCAGGAAGUGUACCAGCACGUCGGAAAUAGUUAACAAAGUAGAUGUAAAUGAGGAUGAAGGAUCUGAAGCUUCGAAGAGUUCGUCUAUCUGUAGCACCAUUCCUAUCGGCUUGGAUGUCCAGUCAGCCGGGUAUACUGGACUGGAACCCGAUGUGGAAAAUGCUUCCAUGGUUGGGCUCUGCGGCAGUCCUCAAAACAUGCGCACGCGGGCGGAACAGUACGUAACGCACUAUGUAGUCUUGGAUGAAGAUAAACUACCAACUACCAAUCAAGGACCUGUUAUACCCGUUGGAGAGCAAAUUGUAAUAUGUGAGGACCCUAUUUCCCUUCCUCGAGAAUCAAAUUCCCAAGAAUCUAUUUCCAAAGGAUUUAUAUUAUCUUCUUACCCCCAAGACAACACGCUUUUGACCGAUGGACAUGUCAAAAUUUCACAGUCGCUUAAUUUCCAUACUGAACUCGAGCCACAAGACGGGAACAAUCAAGAGGCACCAAACGCAGUCUUCCUCGAUGUCCCAAAUUCCAUUUCCGAAAAUGCUGAGAAUACGCCAGAUCAAAUUUCACAAUCAGAAGAAUACGAAGUCAAAGUUUCACAGUCGCUCAAUUUCCAAACUGAACAACCGUCCGUCUUAAAAAAGUUGCGACGAAGCGUAUCUGAGUUUGACUUUUAUAAAUGAUUUUUAAAUUAAUAAAGCCAAUCGAGUUACCCGCGCCCACAUCGAACUAUCGAUAGUUGGUAUGCGCGAUUAUUGUCAGA